GUUGGCUAAAGAUAAAAAAAGAAAUAUUUUAUAAGUAGACUGGUUAUAUUAUUGAUGAACCACAUUUUGUGCAAGUAGACACAAAGAUGAAGCAGCUGAAAAUUGUGUGGAAAGCUGUGGUCCUCCAAAUUCUGCUAGGGGAUACUUUAGCUUCCAUCUGCCUGAACAGCUGGGACUGGAAUGGCUGGGGUGCCUGCUCGGUAUCGUGUGGUGGCGGGUUCAGGGUGCGCCACUGCUACCGGGACGGCACUCACGAGACUGAGCGAUGCGGAACCACUUGCUACAAUGGCGCAGAGUUCUACAGCGGACAGUGCCAUUGUCGCCAUGGAACAUUGGCGCCCUGCUGUGUCGAUAUCAAGGAGUGCGCUAGCAAUCCCUGUCAGAAUGAGGGCACGUGUAAUGAGAUGGUCAACAUCUACACGUGCACAUGUCCGCCAGGGACAACCGGGGACAACUGUAUAGACAUUCCGGAGUGCGCGAGUAACCCGUGCAAGAAUGGCGGCACGUGCGAAGAGCAUGUGAACUACUACACGUGCAACUGUCCGCUGGGAACCACGGGCCACGACUGCGUUGAUAUCCCCGAGUGCCUUAGCAAUCCUUGUUUAAAUGGUGGCACGUGUGUGGAUUACGUUGGAGGUUACACGUGCCAAUGUCCGCCUGGAACUACGGGUAUUCAUUGCACAGACAUCCCUGAGUGCGCGAGCAAUCCAUGCAUGAACGGAGGCACAUGUAAUGAGAUGAUCAACAUGUACAACUGCACGUGCACCCAAGAGUAUACGGGGGUCAACUGUGAGAAAUAUCUGUUUUCUCAUUAUGACAACACGUGUCGUGUAGACGGCAGCUGUUACGUCAUAUUCCGCGUAAAAGACACAUGGGAAGGGUCUCGAGAUUUCUGCAGGGCGCGAAAUGGCCAUCUGGCAGUACCGGAAAAUGAAGCCGAAAUGCUGUUUAUAGAGACGUUUUUAGAAUCAAUGAGAACUCGUUACGCAGAAGCCUUAUUCUGGAUUGGUGGACAGAAAACUUCGCUCACGGUACAGUGGCUACCAGGCUACUCAAGCACGGUCUCCAGAUGGCCAGACGGGAGAUCACUUCCGGUAAUUGGUACGGAGUGCAUGGCCAUGGACGGCCGCUACAACUUCGAGUGGCAGACCUUCCCCUGCGACCGCCCAACUUUUUUCGUCUGCGAGGAAGAUGUCCUGUUCAACACUGUCGGUGUCGUUGGAUGACAUGCGGGAACGAUAUGUUGAUAAUAAAUUACAAAAGUUAUUUGAUAUAUAGGUUUGAAUAAAUCAUUGAAUUUGUCUCUAUA